AUUCAUUUUUUUCCUCAAAGCAGCUGCAGCGAUGUCCAGCAAGCCUUUAAACGGCCUUGCUGAAAAUGGGGAACACCAGAAGACGGAAGUGGGAAAUGGGCACCCAAAUGUGCCACCUCCUGUAAAUGGGGCUACUACUGUUGAUGAGAUGGUCCAGCAGAUGAAAGAGCUCAUAACUGAAAACAACGAGCUGAAAGAAGCCGUGAGACAACAUAACCAAGCUAUGAAGGACCGUUUUGAGAAUCUUUCAGCGUGGAAAGAGAAGUUAAAGGAGGAACGAGAGUUUUACGAAAUUAAAUUCAAGGAAGCGAGACAGUGCUUAGCAAACAAAUGUGUCGAGAAUGAAACACUUAAAAAGCAGCUCCAGGCUUUUGAAGAAAAGGGGGAAGAUCUCACAGAUGGAUCUACAGUUUCUAAAAAGGAGACGGCACAAGAACUGGAGCAGCUGAAAAUGCAGGUGACAAAGCUCCAGGCAGAAAAGGCCGAUCUGGUGGCCAUAAUUUCAGAGCUGCAGCUUAAACUCAACAGCACCACGGCUGAAGAUUCAUUUGUUGAGAUCAGGAUGCACGAGGAAGAAGUGAAUGGAGCUUUAAAGGAAAAUCAAGAUCUUAGUGAUAAAAGAAUGGGUGACACAGCUACCUAUAUGAGGAGCAGAUCUAUGGAUGAAGCAAAAAAAUACUUGCAAACGGAAGAGUUAACUGUCAGCCAGCUUCUUCAUUCUCUGCGGAAUGAGACUCAGAGGAGGGAAGCAUUAGAAAAGGAGGUGGAGGAACUAAAGGACAGAGCACCGAAGAUGGAGUAUACCACGGAUGAGAAGGGCUCUCAGACGGAACAUGAAGAAGAGGAAGCAAAAGUGGGCGAUGAGGUAGAAACUCUAAGCCUGCAAGUGUCUGCUCUGUUCAGAGAACUUCAAGAGACCCAUUCUAAAUUGGAAGAAGCUGAAGUAAUCCAGAAGAAGCUGCAAGAAAAAUGUCAGGCUCUUGAGCAUCAGAAGAGUGCAAAUGCUGGAGACCAGGAUGAGAAGCAGCAGCUAUUAUACACUAUUAAGAAGCUGGAACUUCAGGUGGAGAGCAUGCAGUCGGAGAUCAGGUUGGAGCAGGCCAAAACAAGCGACGAGAAAGCCAAGUACAACAAGCUGCAGGAUACAUACAGCAAGCUCCUACCUGAACUGACUGAUGCAAGGCAAACAGUGGAAGAAUUAAAAGUCAAAGAGGCUGAAAGUGUAGAUAAAACGGUUGCAGACGAACUAAUCCACAAGCUGGACCUAGCGGAGAAAGCACUGGCUGCUAAGCAGACACAAAUAGAUGAAAUGAAGCAAACCAUCGCCAAGCAGGAAGAAGAAAUUGAGACCGUGGGUGUCCUCCGAGCUCAGAUGGAAGUGUACUGCUCUGAUUUCCAUGCCGAAAGAGCCGCACGAGAGAAAAUUCACGAGGAAAAGGAGCAGUUAGCUGUGCAGUUGACAUACUUGCUAACAGAGAAGCAGCAACAUGAAGGUCUCAGCAGGAAUUCACUAGCAGAAAUGCAAUCCCGUCAUGGAACAAGACUACCAUCAGGUCAGGAUCAUUUAUCUCACUUUUCUCAAGGAGGAACGGAAAGUGAGGAUUGGCAGCAGCAGCAGCGGAACAUCCCAGCGCAGUCUUGCCCAAAGUGUGGAAUUAUUCUUCCAGAUAUAGACACGCUACAGAUACAUGUGAUGGACUGUAUCAUCUAAUCAGUGUCAGCAAAGAUGCUCUUAAACGGGACCUGCACUUUCUGAGCAGACGUGUUCAUUUCCAUUCACUACUAGAAAGCUUGAUUCGUCAGGAUUUAACUUCCCUUUUCUAUUGAUUUCAAUGGGGAUUGCCAGGUUUUAGUUCUAUGUAAAAGAAAUAUAGCUGGGGAAGAAUGGCUUUUUAAACCGCUGAUUAUCCGAUGUCUUACUCAUAGGCUGAAAUAUAGGAAGCUAACAUUGUAAGAGCUUGAGCUGAAAUAAUUAAAAGACCAAUAAUGCUGGGAAA